AUGGCGUCUUCUACAUCGUUGCGCACCAUUACAAACCGCUUGACGACCACUCCGGUCAACGAACUGCCGUAUGUGGCAGCCUUUCUAGCUUCUGCGCUCAGUGAUUGUAGCGAAUUAAGUGCUCAAUCUGAACACAGCAAGAAAACAGCAGACAACAAUGAUGGCCUGCAGGUCAACAAACUCAAGGCUCGCUUGACUAGUCUCUUGCAAGAUCGCAGCGUUGAAGGGAGGUGGACUGCAGUUGUGUUGAUCAAAGCCCUAUUGGAGGCGGGCAGGUGGGAGAUACUUCGCGAUUGCGGUCCUUGGGUUCGUGGGUUGUUGGCAAUCCUAUCGAAAUCGGAUCCAUCUUCAACCAAAAAAUUGUCCAUCAUAACGUUGACUCGCAUCUUCCAUCUCACAUACCAGUACCCGACGUUAGUUCGAGAAAUAACCACUCCAAACUUACCUGGUUUCAUCACAGCGUCUCUCAACCUCAUAAAUGUGAAAAAGACGUCCGAGCCCGCCAAGCCCAUGAAGGAGUCUCCUCUUCUGGAAACUGUUCUCUCAGCGUUCGCAGAAUUGAUUGGUAGACAUCCAACUAUAUUCCGUUCAUUUGUCGGCCAGCUGCAGAAGUUUCUACUUCCGAUUCUGGCUUCAUCAACAUCCACCACCUCCUUUUCGUCAAGGGCCAUUCAUCUGGCACAGGAAGUCUUCGUUGCACUACAUAACUGCGCGCCGAAAAACACAUCAGGCGAGCAAUGGGCGAAUGAUUGCAAGAACACUAUUUCUUCCAUCCACCAGGCUGCAGACCAUGUUUUCCGGGGUGUGGUAGAGCAGUGGGAGUCCUCGGACCCUAAUAUCAAGCAAAGAAAGAAGUCGAAGAUUGUGAGCGACUUGCCACAAGAUGACGAACCGGACACUCUGGGUCUUCCUUCGUGGCAGAGUUUACCAGCAGGUGCCACCAGGAUUGCAGCACUCUUGAACUUAUUGACUAAGUUUAUCUCGAUACGAACGGCGUCAACUAUUAACUAUCCACUUGGUGCUAUACUAAAUUUAACUUCUCGAUUGACGUCCAUUACUGUCCCAAAAGCAGGUGAAGAGCAAGCCAAUUUUGAUUUUACUCGAGAUGAAAGGGCUACUUUGUACAUGGAGUUACCUAGAAUCCACACAGCAUGCAUCUACCUCUUUCGUGCAAUUAUAAGCACUUUUGGAUCUGCGUCGACACCAGUUAUCAACACUAUUUUUGAGCAGACUCUUUGGGUGUUUGAUGCAGAAGGUUUCAAUAGCGGCAUUCGAGAGUCUUCGUACCUACUUAUCAGCGACGUCUUACCGUUAGUAGGACGAUCAUUUACGAAACGUAAUGUCUUUGCAUUGAGUCCUUUGAUCCGUCAAUGUUGUCGUGAUCUCGUACCAGUUGAUGCCAGCCGAAGUCAAGAUCAACAAAACAACACGAGCAAAGGCGGCAACACCAAAAACAGUCAACUCAACAUGAAUGUGGACGCAAUCCUAAAUCCAGCUCUUAAACAUUUGAACACCAACAAGGAAAGCAAUAUCCGGCGGCAGGACUCGACGGCAAUGGAUUUGCUCCCUCUAUUGUACAAUUACUUACCAACCGAAUAUAUCCCCAUACCAAUCCGGACGGAAAUGGAAAGAGUUGCUAUUCUGACGGCAAAUCGUUCGGCUAUGGUUGCUAGUGUGAUGAACCCCAUUCCUCCGGUUAAAGGACGCCGACCGAUUCCAAGUAUUCUGCCAUUCCUGACUAGGAAAUAUGCUGGAGAUUUGGAAGUUGAAUGUUUGGUUCGUCCUCGAAUGCCAGUUAUCGUUGGAGGUACGGGAGAGCAUUAUGAUGCGGAUGACUAUGAAGAACAAGAAGAGUCAAUGGAUGCCGAUGCGCCAGCAAUUCCUGCUUACAGUGUUGGAAUUCAACAAUUUGCCUCCAACUUUGCAAAUAACGUCCAGCCGAAGAAUACUGCCGCCAUUGCCGCACCAACAUUAACAACAGCACAGAACAAGAGGAUACUACCGGAAGAUUCUGAAAUGACGGAUAAACCGAUGUCAACUCUAUCACAAGCAUCUUCAGCGCAGAAUCUUCCUCAAGCGAAAAAGGCCCGUUUGGAAGAUGGAGAAGCAACCGUUGUGUCAACUACAUCUGUUGUGCCUGUGACUCUUUCAGAAACUUCAGCAUCACCCGCUGUCAUUCCACCAACAGUAACGCCAUUGACGUCCUCGAUUACUGAACCCAGUGCACCGGUAUACAACGCCAUGCCUCCUAGUGUGCAAAAAUCUGUUGGCAAUGACGCUGCAGGAAAUAUCGAUGAUGAUAGUGAUGAUGAGAUGCCAAUGUUGAAUAUCGAGCCGGAUACCGAUGAAGAGGAUGAUGACUGA